GUCUCCACUCAGGAGAUGAAAAGGACAGGAUAGUUACAGGCUUAACAUUUUGUCUUGUCGUCUUGUGAGCUUUCAUGUCACUUCCUGGGAGUCAUGGAUUCUUUUGUUAACCCAGACGGUUGUAGAGAGCUCCCUUGGCGUCAACCAUAUGUUUGAUUUCUCCAGAAGCCUGGCUUAGAUAUUUCAUUGAGUCAGGUCAGCCCUAUUGAAUGAUCAGACAAACACCUUACGUGUUUAAAUUUAAUAAAUAUUGUUUUAUUGCAGCCUUUUAGACUUAAUCCUGCAGACUUUGUUCCUUGAUGUCACAACAUACUGGUCUUCCUGUCCAUCCAAGGUGAUAGUCAGCUAAUAAUAGUUAUUAGUGAGCAGACUGAGUGUUCGGACUAUUACGUGUGGCAACGCUUUUGUAACUUAUCAUGGUUGUCAAGUAUUUAAGUUUUUUAAUGAGAAAUUUAUUAUAUUCACAUCCUGGUUGCUGCAAACAACAAUGCUCUCUGAAUAUAGAGCCCCUUCACUGUGUGUAGUGGUUGUAUCUGUCAGUUAAAGCUCAUUAAAUCUGUAGAGUUAGAUGUCCUCUUCUCUCACUUAUUCCCCAGGUAGCUGCCUGAUGUUCUGACCUUUAAGAUCAAGUACUUUUAUUGAAAGGCUUAGGUCAUCCACACUUCUCUAGAAAGCUUUCUUUUUUUUCCCCUCUAGGCCAGAGGUUCUCAACCUUUCCCUUUCUGAAGCUCCCACCAACAUGCCAAAAAUACUCCACAGCCCACGUGUGCCACAACAACUUUUUUUCUGUAUAGAAAAGCCAGGAUCAGCGCUAGGGGGUGGCAAGCAGGGCAACUGCCCGGGGCCCUGCAAAGUUAAGUUGCACAUGCUUUGUAUGGGUGGCAGGACUCAUGGCCCUGGGAUCUUGCCCCAUGCAGUGGGGCUUUGGCUUUCUGCCCUGGGACCCAAGUCUAAUGCCGCCCUACUGGGCGGAUCUGCUGAAACCUGCUUAUGCCCGCUGCUCUCCCAAAGGGUCCUGGACCCUGGUUGAGAACCACUGCUCAAGGCAAUUCAUAGCUGGAUGCUCAAAGCUGUAGCUUUUCUCCAUGUCCUGCACACUUCAGCUGAUGAGGCCCCAUGAGGAAGUUUGUUUUUUAAUGCUAUAUUGUAUAUUUCAUGUGGCCUCUUCUUUGGGUGUUCAUUGCCAUACAACAGAUCUACCCAUGCUCUUCUUUUACUAGUUGAGUCAAAGUUCAUCCAGCUUCCAGACUGACUGGGGGAUUGAGUCUGGUAGAUCCAGCAAUUAUUUGAAAACAAGGAAAACUAUUACCAGAGUUUCUGAAAACAAACUUCUAAACCUCUAUGAAGUCUACAUUCUGAGUGUGUUUCCAAAGACCACAACCAGUAUUCACCCUAUGUACACUUGGAAUUAGAAGAUCGACUAGCAAAAUUUAUGAGGACAGAGGAAUCUAUUAUAUACUCAUAUGGAUUUGCCACAAUUGCCAGUGCUAUUCCAGCAUAUUCAAAGCGAGGGGACAUAGUGUUUGUAGAUGAAGCUGCCUGCUUUGCUAUUCAGAAAGGAUUACAGGCAUCGCGAAGUAACAUUAAAUUAUUUAAACAUAAUGAUGUGGCUGACCUUGAGCAACUUCUGAAAGAACAAGAGAUUGAAGAUCAAAAGAAUCCUCGUAAGGCCCGUGUAACUCGAAGGUUUAUUCUGGUGGAAGGGCUAUAUAUGAAUACUGGAGAUAUUUGUCCUCUUCCAGAAUUGAUAAAAUUGAAAUAUAAAUAUAAAGUGAGGAUUUUUUUGGAGGAAAGUCUUUCCUUUGGGGUCCUUGGAGAAUAUGGACGAGGUGUUACGGAACACUUUGGAGUAAAUGUUGACGAUAUAGAUCUGAUUAGUGCAAACAUGGAGAAUUCCCUGGCUUCUAUUGGAGGAUUUUGCUGUGGAAGAUCUUUUGUUAUUGACCAUCAGAGAUUGUCAGGUCAGGGUUACUGCUUUUCAGCCUCUCUGCCUCCCCUUCUAGCUGCUGCUGCUAUUGAGGCCCUCAAUAUCAUGGAAGAGAAUCCAGACAUUUUUCAGAUUUUACGAGAGAAAUGCAAACGGAUUCACAAAGCUUUACAAAGAAUCCCUGGUCUAAUAGUUGUGGGAGACUUAUUUUCUCCAGCAUUACACCUUCAGUUGGAAGAGACCAGUGGAUCUCGAGAGAAUGAUAUGAAGUUACUCAAGAGAAUUGUAGAUUAUUGUAUGAAUAGAAGUAUUGCAUUAACUCAGGCCCGCUAUCUGGAGAAGGAAGAGAAAUGUCUUCCGCCGCCGAGUAUUCGGGUAGUGGUGACAGUGGAACAAACAGAAGAAGAAUUGGAUAAAGCUGCAUCGAUUAUCAGGGAAGCUGCACAGUCUAUACUGAAUUAAACUGCUGAUUUGGAUAUUUGUAUCCUGACAUUAUGAAAAAAAAACGUUUUCCACUGUAUGCUGUCUUGGCAUCCACUCCAAAGGUUCCAGCUGUUUAUGGCUCAACCAUUGGUGGAAUUGAAACCUUUAUAAUUAAUAGGGUCAUUCCAGAAUCAUGUAGAUCUGGUGAGAGGAAGAAUGAUGAAUUUCAGAAUUACUAAAUGACAUAUGCCAUAUGUAAAGAGUACAAACUCUACUUAUAGUACUGUUUUAAAUUGAAUAUUAUUGUACAGCAGUAUUUUAUAUUGCUUUUUUCCCCCCUCUUUCGUAAAAGCCUUACACUUUCCUCAAUCCCCUGAAAAUCUGAACACUCCAUUUCUCUGAAAAGAUUGCUGAGCCUUAUGAGAAUGUAGGAACUUUUAAUAUAAUCUUGAUAAAGUAAAUUUAAUUUUGUUUAAAAUAUUACCUCUUCCAAGAUAUUUCUAAUAUAUUUAAAAGCUAAAUAGUUAAUGUAUUAAGGAAUUCUUGGUUUUGAACUAUACUAAGUACUUAAUUAUUAAAAUAAUUAAGUGCAUCCUAUAUUUAUAUACUAAAACUUUUUUUGGUUAACCAUUCCUUGAAACCUGUUCUUAAUCAUUGUCCCUUAAUAGUCCAUUUUCCAAAAAGAGAGAUUCACCUCAAAUUCAGUUUGAUUAAUGCAUUUGAUCUGUAAGUAUAUGUUGGUUUGACUGUUAUGGAUGAGGUUUUUCUAACGAUUACUUCACAUCUAGUUUUAGAAUUUGCUACCUUUCAUAUACUGUAUGCUACCAGGGAGCUAAAGCAGUGAUAGGCAACCUGCGGCUCGUCAGGGUAAUCCGCUGGCGGCCCGCGAGACAGUUUGUUUACAUUGACUGUCCACGGGCACAGCUGCCUGCACCUCCCAGGGGCCGGAGUUCGCUUUUCCUGGCCAAUGAGAGAUGCAGGAAGCAGCGCGGGCUGGAUGUGCUAUGUAAACAAUGUAAAUAAACUGUCUUGUGGCCAACCAGUGGAUUACCCUGACGGGCUGCAGGUUUCCCACCAUUGGGCUAAACUCUACUAAUUUGAAGAGAUCUAGGAGAAAUUUUAAAUGGCAGCGGGGAAAAAACUAACCAAAAUGUUGACCUCCUCUCCCCCACUGUAUACCAAACAGAGCAACGUGAAAGUUCUGAAGCAUGAUCUCUAAAUUAUGCUAUUGGUUUACUUAUCAAUAACUAUAAUUUAGACUUUGAUUUUCAGAAAUGCUUAAAGGAUUUUAGUUGUACAAGUCCCAUUGAGAUACAACUGAACUUAUAUACUUAAAUUCCCCUAGGAGCUUUUGAAAAUUUUCACCUUAAAGUUAUGUGCAGGUUUGCAGUAAACACAGAUGAGGGUACAAACAUAACACCAAUCACUUGGAAAACAACAACUGAGGGAAGGUGACAUAAUUUAUGGUAACUUUUUUAUAACAUAUGAAUCAUUACUGUGUACUCCAAGACUUUUUAGAAAGUCUAAUUGUGUUUGAAAGCACUUUUUAUAUUCUGCCUAUUCCGUAUUCUGGGUUGUUUUAUAAUGUAGUUUUGGUUGCUGCUACAGAGACUACAGUGCUAUAUUUGGGAAAGAACCUUGUUUAAAUAAAGUUAAACAUAUUUGAUUCAAAAUGGCAUGUGUCACAGUUAAAUUACUACAAAUUUGUGUGGAAUGUUGUACAUCAGCCACUUUUUAGUCAAUUUUUUCAGUACAUAGUGAGGUUGUCUGUGUGCUGCCUUUCCAAGUAUAUCAAGAU